UCGAUGCGGAAGGUUGCUGCCGGAGCUCGCUCCGUCCCCGCGCGGCGUGUGCCGGUUGUGCGUGCUGCGCCUCGCCUCGCCGCUGGGCCUUCCCUCGCGUCCUCGCCGCCACCCCUUGGAUUACUCCUGUGUGUGUGUUUGUGUCAGUGUGCGUCAGUGUUGUGCUCGGCGCUCCGCGCUUCGAGCAGCAGUCAUCUGUUCGAGACCAUUCUGUGUGUGAAACUGUGAAACCUUACAGUGCUCCAGUCCCAGUGCUCCAGCGGCAGCAUGAAGCCCGCCCGGGCCGACCGCGGCCUGGGGGCCGUCGGCACCGUCGGCGUCGUCUGCAUGGCUCUGUUCGCGCUGCUCCCUCAAGCGUCCGAGACGGUGAAGGUGACGGCCCUGCACGUGCCCUCCCACGUGGCGGCGCACUCCCCGGCGCACCUCGUGUGCCACCAGGACCUGGAGGGCAGCGCGCUCUACACCGUCAAGUGGUUCAAGAACGGCCGGGAGUUCUUCCGCUUCGCGCCCUUCGUGGUCGGCAACCCCAAGAAGUACUUCGACACGGCGGGGGUCGACGUGGACAUGGUGCUGUCCAACCAAACACACCUGGUUCUGCGCGACGUCAGCAGGCUCACCACUGGCCGCUUCAAAUGCGAGAUCUCCGGGGAGGGGCCGGACUUUAAGACAGCCUCCGAGUCCGCGGAAAUGUCCAUUGUUGAAGUUCCCUCCGGACCGCCUGUCAUUUCGGGCACUGUCCGCGACCGCUUCCACGUCGGCGAGGAGGUCAACAUCAACUGCACCUCCAGUGACUCGUACCCUGCCGCCGACCUCGUCUGGUACAUCAACGACAUGCAGGUGCCGCGCUCCCACCUCAAGGGUCCCUACUUCGAGAAAAACGUGCUGGAGUCCCUGGAGACGUCCAUCCUCAACCUGAGUUUCCGCGUCCUGCCGCACCACUUCCAGGACACCGGGGAGAUGUCUCUGCGCUGCGUGGCCACGCUGCACGCCGUGUACCGGCAGGAGGACGUGCAGUCCUUCCUGGAGGAGAAGCAGCCCCGUCCGCCCGCUCUGGAGUCCCGGGGCCCCAACAAGAACCGCAACCGGGAGAACGAGGUGGACGACAAGCACUACAAGCACUACGCCGAGUCCUCCGUGCUGGCGGGAGCGGGAGUGAGUCCCGUUAUCACCCCCCUGAGGGGCCUCAGCAUGUUGAUGGUCGUCGUCGUCCUCGUGGUCGCGUGCCUCGUCAACUAGACGCCCGCACUAGGCGGCCGCAGACGGCGGGGCGGCGUGGUCCGCCCAGGACGCCGUCGUCGCCCAGGACACCGUCAGGGCUACGUCGUCCUGGUGGCGCCCUGCGCGCUGCCGCCCUGCCGCCCUCCUUCGCGCCGGGCUUCUCUCCGAAACGACGUGCUGCCACUCGGCAGGGUUGUCGCUCAUAGAACGAAGCUCCACGUCAGUUGCCAAAGUAUCGUUUUUGUACAUAUUACUGGGAGUUUUGCUUCGUUCUGAUAGGAGUCUUGUUGUCUUUAAACAAUUUUAACUUUUUAUCUGUGAAUAUUUAAUUGCGACAAGUCAGUGUGUGCGCAACUCGUGCAAAUGCUGUGUUAGUAAGAUUGAUGUUCUAGGUAAGUUUAAAAGUGGACUGAUUGAAUUUUAGAGUAAGUGAGGGAAGUGAGUGAGAAGAAUGGAAAAUUAUUGCUGGAUGCUAUCUUACCUAUUCCCUCUCCAUAACAGUAAAAAACAUUUUAUUAUAUAUUUUAACAUAAUUUGCUCUGAAGACUGACUGUUUUUGACCCGUUGUAACAUAUUUUAUUUCAAUGCAUAUUAUAUAACUAUUGAAUUACCUUGUGAAUUAGCCUCCACUUUUUCAAAGGUGGUCUUUUAUUGGUGUUAAAAUUAAAGUUAGAUAGUUUUGUUUGUUUUUGUUUUUAAUGGAAAAUGGAGGCUGUUUGUUAUUUUCUUUCUUUUCCUUUUUACCCUCAAAGGGCUCCCUUGUCAAUAAUAUUUUGAACUGUCUCUUUCAACUUUAUCAAGCAAAACCUCUCUCAGUAUUUUUCGUUUUUGUAAAUGGACGUCCUUUUGUAAGUAUUGGGGAUGCGUUAUGAAGUUGAUCCAUUAGGAAGGCCCCCAAACUUGGCCCUAGCAAACCACUCAAAAUGUUAUCACCGGAUUCUGGCACUCCGUGCUUUGCUCAGCCAGUAAGAACAGAAGUUAAUUUCUUCAUUGUGAUUCGUAUAUAAUAAGUACUGUAGUUUAUGCAAAUUAUUGGAGGAGAAAAAGUGUGGAUAUGUAUAUAUAGUGUGGUCAAUAACAUUCAUAGCAAAUAUGAUACAUUUAUUUUUUAUCGUCAAGUAAUAAUUUCAUUUGAGAAAUUGUUCUUAUGUGUGCUUCCUUUUAUUUCUAAUCUUGUCUGUGAAAAGUAUGCUGAAGGAUCGGGUUAAAGAAAUGUGGAAAAGGAUAGUCGUAAGUUGUCUAUAAUUUAUUACAAGAUGUCUUAUUGAAGAUUAGUCAUCUUUGCAGAAAUCACUGUUUAAAGAACCUUCUAUUGCAAUGUUUUUCUUUUUAUUUGUGAAUAGUGUUUUGUGGAUUUGACUUUGUUUUUUAAGUUAAUCCUUUACUCACAUGAGAA